GCGAGAAAUCAAGGUUAUACUUUUUAUGCUUUUUUUAUUUUCUAACUGCCUGUGGACGGAGGAGGGAGACCGUCCGGCAGGGUCGGCGGUGGGGGCUGACGAUGACAACAUCCUCCGCCGCUCGCUGGCGUCACACCUGACCGACUCUCGCAUCCGAUGCACAGAUGAUGGAGCUCACCGCGCUGCCGGGUUACUACCCCGUCGCCACCAUUUCGCGCGUCCGCUGCCCGACACAUGUUCUCCGAAUGUCGUGAUUUAUUAUUUGACUCGUAUUAUUCCUGCGUGUGUGUGCGCGUGUGUGCACUUUUCGUUAUGCCUGACCUUCCAGUGGACCUGGUAUUCGCUUGUAUUUAUUCACCGUGAUCGCCGAGUGGUCGCAUCGAGGUGGUCUUUUUUUGUUGUUUUUUUCCUGGAGAGAAAAAAAGGAAAAAGAAAGAAAGAGGCGAACAGGAGCACAGGACUGAUGCUGCGUCGCUGGUAAACACGAGAGAUGGGUGUCAUGGAGCCGAGGCUCCAGAUUGUCGUUUCUCUCAUGAUGCAGCAUCUCCUCAUGUACAAGUUGCUUCACUGAGCAGGCUUCGGUCAAACAAAACAAAUGGUUCAAUCAAUGGUCACUGGACUGGACUGAGUCGGCCAUAGGGAGGAUACUAAUAACACUCACGCACAAACACACACACACCCGAGACAGACAGACAGACACACCCACACAGGCCAUGGCGCUGGAGAACUCGGUCUUCCCCUCCCGUCCCGACUCCCUCUCGCUCCCCGUGGAGGAGAAGGGGGACGGGGAAGAGGUGGAGGUGGCCACCGAGGCCACCGCCUCCACGGGGCUCUUCAACCUAUCGGAGGAGCUGGGCACGGUCGUCACCACAGAGACGGCGCCGUCCCCUCCGACCCCGAUCAAGGUCAAAAGGUCGUUCCAGUCCAAGCUGGCCGAGCGGGAGGACAAAGCCAACGAGCCCAGGAAGAAGCUCCGGGUGGCGGAGAAGGAGAGGGGACGAUUCGGGUGGGUCCGGACCCGGCGCAAGAGGCAGCGCUACGUGGAGAAAAACGGCCGGUGCAAUGUGCAGCACGGUAACAUGCGGGAGACCUACCGCUACCUGACGGACAUCUUCACCACGCUGGUGGACCUCAACUGGCGCUGCUCGCUCUUCGUCUUCGUCAUGGCCUACGCGGUCACAUGGCUCUUCUUCGGCGCCAUCUGGUACCUCAUAGCCUACUGCAGGGGCGAUCUGGACCACCUGGAGGACGAGACGUGGACGCCAUGUGUCAACAACGUCAACGGCUUCAUCUCGGCCUUCCUCUUCUCCAUCGAGACGGAGACCACCAUCGGCUACGGCCACCGUGUCAUCACCGACCAGUGUCCAGUGGGCACGAUGCUGCUGCUGCUGCAGGCCAUACUGGGGUCAAUGGUCAACGCUUUCAUGGUGGGCUGCAUGUUCGUGAAGAUCUCGCAGCCCAACAAACGCGCCGAGACGCUGGUGUUUUCGAAGCACGCCGUCAUCUCCCUGCGAGACGACAAGCUCUGUCUGAUGUUCCGGGUGGGCGACCUGCGCAGCUCGCACAUCGUCGGAGCCAACAUGAGGGCCAAGCUCAUCAAGUCCAAACAGACUCAGGAAGGUGAGUUCAUCCCUCUGGACCAGACAGACAUCAGCGUGGGCUUCGAGACGGGCGACGACCGCCUCUUCCUCGUCUCGCCGCUGGUGAUCUCCCAUGAGAUUGACGUGCACUCCCCUUUCUGGGACAUGUCCCAGUCGCAGCUGGAGAAGGAGGACUUUGAGAUCGUCGUCAUCCUGGAGGGGAUGGUGGAGGCCACUGGGAUGACGUGCCAGGCCAGGAGCUCCUAUCUGACGGAGGAGGUGAUGUGGGGUCACAGGUUCAGCCCGAUGAUGUCUCUGGCGGAGGGUUUCUUUGACAUCGACUACGGAGCCUUUCAUCACACAUUCGAGGUGACCACGCCCUCCUGCUCAGCGCGAGAGCUCUCGUUGGCCGCAGCCAGACUGGACGCUCACCUCUACUGGUCCAUCUCCAGCCGGCUGGACGAGGAGCCCACGCUGACCAACCAGGCGGCCCGGCAGCCCGACAGCGGCUCGGCCAGCAGCAAAGGAGGCGAGCCCACCUUCAUCGUCGGCGAGAUGACGGACAUUCAGGAGCAGUCGGGACUGGGCGAGCUGAACGGCAGCGUCGCCACCGACCAGUCCGAGUCGGAGGCCUAGAGCGGGGAAUGUUUACAAAAGACCUUCUGUCCAUUCGCCGACCACACCACAGUUUGUGUGGGGGUUUUGUUCCGAUCUUUUUCAUUUUCAAAGGCAAAAACCAGUAGUUCGAUUAGACUCGGUUCUGCGGUAUACGUCAUAUCUUGUGUUACCAUACGGAAGGUUUUUUGUUUUCUUGAUUCUUUUGUCUUUUCAUUUCUAUGUUCUAUAGUCUGUCACAGGUCUAUUGUACGUGUGCUUUCUCUUCUGGCUAUGUUUGUGUCGGCUACGAAUCACCCUUGCCUAUAUCUACGUUUAAAAGACAAUGCUAUGCUUCAGGUGGAGGCCAACGAUAGCUUCUCCUGUGGACCAGGGUAGAAUGUUCGAGGUCGUUUGUCUUGUGGGUCAAAGUGGUUCAUCUGAAGUUAAAUAUAAGGAUUGUUCACAUUUAGAAUAGUGCAGUGCUUUGACACUUUAUUUCCACCUUUGCACGAAUCUCCCUAGGUAAUAUUGAGGUAUAAGAUAAGAGAAGAUAAGUUAAUAUACCUUUAUUCGUCCCACAAUGGCAGCAAAGUGGACAGAAGAAUAUAUAAGAAAUUUACAAAAAAAAGGGUUAAUAUGUACAAAAUUUUACAAAAAUAAAAUAAAAAUAACAUUAGAUUAAAAAAAAAAACAAAGGGAUAAAAAUACUAUAGACUGAAACAGUAGGAAAUUCAACUUCCUUUAGAUGCAAAGAUUUAGUCCACAUCAGUCACGCGUGAACAGGGUGGGAACACAAAUCAUUAAAAAUAUUUAAAUAGAGAAAUUGGCGGACGAAACAGUUUGUGAAUUGUGGCUUGUGGACGAUGAAGCCGGUUCCGGAUAUACAAGCAACUUCUCAUCUUCCGGAGGGCGCAGAGUAUUAUCACGUGUAAUUAUGUUUGUCACCAACACUCAUAAAGAUUUGCUGACACUCCUGACUGCACUCGGCACAUUAUGGUGAGUAGGGUACGUAUCUAAAACCUUUAAACACGAUGUGUGUGUGUGUGUGUGUGUGUGUGUGUGUGUGUGUGUGU